AUGGAGGAUAGAAGAGCAGGAUUGGUCGUUCUUGGUGGGACCUAUAGCAUAGUUAUUGUAUCAUUGCUAUCUUUUUAUUAUGUCAAGGAUAAUGAUACUUUAAACUACUAUUGGUGUUGGGUAUUUCUAUGCCCAGUAAUGUUUUGGUUAUGGGCAUUGAUUGCAUGGUGUGAAGCAGAGAUGUUGAGCAAUGCUAAGCGUAUCUGA